AUGGUCCCCAGCGGCUCUGCUUUCCCCAUGGCGAACGGUCGGAGGAGUGAUGGGGACAAUAAUGGAAACGGGCUGUCCGCGAAGGGCAAAGGAAAAGCAAGGGCUGUUGACGCGGCACAACCUGUAGCUUCGACAUCUUAUGUGGACGGGGCCCGCCUCGCCCUCAUUUCAGAGAAGGAGGCAGAGCUGGCCGCUGUAAUUGACCGGCACGACGAUUUGGUCAGAGAGCAAUUUCACCUGGAGAAGUUCAAGAGAAUGGUGGAAUAUGACCCAAGGGCUGCGAAACAGGACGAUUCACCAGUCUUCCAACAUUACAAAGCACAGUAUGAUCUUGGAGACAUUACUGCCUCGGGAUCCGUUAGUCCUCGUCGAACGCGUUCUGCACGUGCCACACUUGCUAGGCUAGGCGCCUCUGCUACUCCUGCGAGGCGACCACCCGUCUCUGAAGAGGCCCCGCCACUUCCUAACCCUCCACAAAGAAUCGUUGUAGACAGAGUCGCGUCGCCACUUCCGCCUGCACCUGUUGAACCACCACCUCAAACUGUAUCAGUGAAGGGAAAGGGCAAAGCCAAAGCUACACAAAACGACCGUAUUUCCAUAUCAUCCUCGGCAAGUCGGCUAGGCACUCGCUCUCAAUCGCUUGAAAAAAGUUCGGGUUCAAAGUCCACAGCCAAACGAAGAGCAGACCCCCAGCAAAGCCAUGCUUCUCCUCCUCCUCCACGAAAACGACGCAAGCUGAAUGGCACAACCAGCAUUGCUGUGAUACGGAACCCAAUUACUCGACACUCACCACCGACAACAUCCAUAUCUGCUCCAGUAAAUGGACAAACCUGGCGCAAACAGGACAUUCCAGUCCUUCCUCCCAACCCACCUCCCCCUCUACCGAUCAUAAAAAUCAAACGCCAGCUCCCCCCGUCCACUCCUCCCCCCGCUGCCUCCUGGGAGCGCCGAAACUUACAUGUCUCCCUCUGGUAUAAAACGCGUUCGUCUUAUCGUUCGCCGCCCACCUUCUCGUUUUCUUUCGCACCAUUGGCAGCGACCACCAAAACCUCAAUUCGGAUCGUCGCUCCCCGCGUUUUUGAGCACGAGCAGGUCGUGGAACUAGUGAAUGCACAAACCUCUGUGUGGGCCAGAGCGGACGCAAUGAAGAGGGCCCAUCAGUGGUUUGGCUCAGAUUUGUUGGAUCCUCUUCGUCCAGGCCCUGAUUACCAAGGCACGCGUGAAGAGAUCCAAGACAAAUUUAGUCAUGAUGAGGUCGAUCCUCCGCCGACAGAUGCCUGGUCAAACAUAGUCGCAAUUAUCAUCGAACGGGGUCGCGAGCAAUAUGACUCUUCGGAGUCGGAACCUCGGAAAUUGCACGGACAACUCAUUGCAGCCCAAGUUGCUGCUCGAAUACAGGGUUACUGGGAUGGUGAGGCGGCGAGGCAGGAGAAGCGCCGUGUACUAGAGGAGCGACGGAUGAGGGGUGUCGCAAAAUCUGUCGGAAAACUCGUUAUUGCUGAGUGGAAGAAGGCAGUUUUCCAUGUUCGCCAGCAGGAGCGGCUAAAGCUGGAAGCGGAAGAGCUUAAACGUGGGCACGAACAUCUCGAUGCGAUACUGGAUCAGUCAGGGCAUAUUCUGGUCACGCAGCACAACGACUUGACGCGGGGGGCCGAGCGCCGAACUCGGUCUCCAAGCUUGUCUAGUGUCGGCCAUUGGGACGAAAGUGAAUCAGAAGAGCAAGAGGAGGAGAGUGAUGAGCAAACGGACGAUGAUGAUGGCGAGAGCAGAACCAGCGAACGAGCAGAAACUGAGAUGAGAGAUGUGGGGGACGAAGCAGUUUCAAGCUCGGCACUGCUGGGCUCAUGGGAUACACAGGCAGCUCAAGAAAGCGACCCUGAAGAACCGCCUGGAUCCCAAUUACUUUCCGACACGGUUGUUGCUGACCAAGACGACGUGUCAGGAGACAAUGUCCCGAACACAGCGUCUAUUCGUGCCCAAACCCCCCUUCUCGAGGACAUGGAGUUAAUAGCAGUUGAGGAAGAUAGUGUCGAAGAGGACGAAGAUGUUGCGCCGCCGACGCCAGAAAUACCAUCGUAUCUGCGACCUUAUGCCGUUGCGCCGGUCGAAUGGGAUCCAACUAAACGGGUCGUUCCACCUCUCCUUCUUCGCGGAAAUCUUCGGCCGUAUCAAUAUUCUGGCCUUGAGUGGCUCGCUAGCUUGCACCAGAAUAACUUGAAUGGAAUCUUGGCUGAUGAGAUGGGUUUAGGCAAGACCAUCCAGACAAUAUCACUUCUUGCACAUCUUGCCUGCGAUCGCGGAAUCUGGGGCCCCCAUCUAAUUGUCGUACCAACGAGUGUUCUGCUCAACUGGGAGAUGGAGUUCAAGAAAUUUCUUCCUGGCUUCAACAUUAUCAGCUACCACGGGAACCCGAAACGGCGUCAAGAGCUGCGGCGCGGAUGGAGCGACAAGCACCAGUUCAAUGUUUGCAUCACGUCUUACACUCUCGCCAGCAAAGACUCGCUCAUCUUCAGACGGAAGCAGUGGUACUACCUCAUCCUCGAUGAAGCACACAUGAUCAAAAACUUCAAGUCGCAGCGAUGGGCGACGUUGCUCAUGUUCCGCUCGUUCCGCCGUUUGUUGUUAACAGGAACUCCACUCCAGAACAACUUGACUGAGCUUUGGUCGUUGUUGCAGUUCUUAAUGUCUGGCUCUGAGUUUGUCAACUUGAAGGAGUUUGGAGAUUGGUUUUCAAAUCCGUUGGAAAGGGCCAUCGAGGCAGGCAAUGUCCAGGACGAAGACACGCUUCAACGGAUUACAAAACUGCAUACCGUUCUGCGUCCCUACCUUCUCCGACGCCUGAAGCGCGAUGUUGAGAAGGAGCUUCCCAGCAAGUUCGAGCAUCUCGUUUUAUGCCCGCUGUCCAAGCGCCAACGCUUUCUCUACGACGAGUUCAUGUCACGUGCCCACACCCGCGAUGCGCUCCAUUCUGGUAAUUACCAGAAGAUUGCCAACAUCCUGAUGCAGUUGCGCAAAGUGUGCAACCACCCGGACCUGUUUGAAGUCCGCCCCAUUGUCACGUCUUUUGCUAUGGCGCGGUCGGCGGUGGCGGACUUUGAGAUCAAGGAGCUUCUUGUUCGUCGACGGCUGUUAAGCCAGCGCGAUGAGGACAUGCUUGAUAUAGACUUCCUUGGUCUUCGAUUCAUUGACAGGCAAGGAAGCCCGUUACUUGUCGCGCGAGAGACAAGACGGUUGGACGCAUCAGCACAACUGCCAUUUGUCAACGACGUUCUGGGUGUUCCGCCUCCGAAGGACACCCGCACCAUCGCCGGGUUCAGAAUCUACUCUGCGUACCAGAAGCGAGCCGAGUCGAUUGCGCAUUGGAGACAUGUGGCAUAUAUCAACGGACAACGGUGUCACGCUUCACCUAUCUAUUCUUUGGAAACUCUGGAGGUUGUUGGUCGAUUAGGCCCAAGACCUCUCCUCCCCUUGCCCCAUUGCAACACUGCUGUCGAAUACUGGGAUACUUUAUACAGUAUCAAUGGCGCAGUCAAGUCGUACUCGGCUCGCGCUCAAGACAUGGCUGACAUCAUCGACCGUUUUGCAUUUUGCACACCUCCUGUGGUUGCGCUUGAUCUUCCUCGCAUUACAUUGGCCGGCACUCCUCUCCCACCCGAAGCCCUUUCUCCUACAUUUGACACCGUCCUUCACCGUUCAAGCGUCAAACUCCAGAUUGCUUUCCCCGAUCUGUCCUUGUUACAAUACGACUGUGGAAAACUGCAGCGCCUCGCCGAUCUGUUGCGCGAAAAGAAGGCGGGCCAGCACCGCGUGCUCAUUUUCACGCAGAUGACGCGUAUCCUCGACAUUUUGGAGAUGUUUCUCAGCUUCCACGGCUACCUUUACCUCCGCCUUGAUGGCGCGACCAAGAUCGAGGACAGACAGUAUAUCACGGAGCGCUUCAACGCCGACCCGCGUGUUUUCUGCUUCAUUGCCUCCUCGCGAUCCGGCGGCGUGGGAAUCAAUCUCACCGGCGCGGACACGGUCGUGUUUUACGACAGCGAUUUCAACCCGCAGAUGGAUCGGCAGUGCGAAGAUCGGUGGGUCCCAUUCCGAUCUCCAUCCAACAACAAUGCAUCUGAUAUAAGCACACACACGCCCAGGGCGCACCGCAUUGGGCAGAUCCGCGAUGUGCACAUUUACCGGUUUGUGUCGCUGCACACCGUCGAGGAGGCGAUGCUGCGCAAGGCGAACCAGAAGCGCUCGCUCGACGACCUGGUCAUCCAGAAGGGCGAGUUUGACUGGCGAGCGCUGUUUGUCAAUGUCGGGGAUGGCGAUGGCGAUGGUGAUGGCGCGGCGCUGACGAGGGCCCUGGAAGAGUUUGACGAUAAGGAGGAUGCACAUGCAGCGGUUGUCGCGGCACGGGAACAGUUGGCCCGAGAGGGGCAGGACGAGGCGGAGUUUCUUGAUGAUCUGGAGCCUGCUAGUGGUCGGCCACCACCAGCAGUUGCUGCUCCUACAGAAGAACAAGCUGGAGGACAGGAGGAAGAGGAGGAAGAUGAUGAUGAGGGCGGCAGUGUAGCCGAUUACAUGCUUGCAUUUGUGCAGCAGGAGUUAGAGUAUUUCAGAGAGUGGAGGGUAUAA